CAGGAACACAGGUUCGAGAAGGCGCUGAGAGAGAAGAAAGGGUUCAUCAUAAAACAGAUGAAGGAAGAUGGGGCCUGCUUGUUCCGGGCUGUGGAUGAAGAAUGCCGACUACUUCUCCAAUUACGUGACAGAAGAUUUCACCACUUACAUUAACCGCAAACGGAAAAACAACUGUCAUGGCAACCAUAUUGAGAUGCAGGCUAUGGCAGAGAUGUACAACCGACCUGUGGAGGUUUACCAGUAUGGCACAGAGCCCAUCAAUACUUUCCAUGGCAUCCAUCAGAAUGAGGAUGAACCCAUCCGGGUGAGCUAUCACCGCAACAUACAUUACAACUCCGUGGUGAACCCCAACAAGGCUACCAUUGGGGUGGGACUAGGGCUGCCCUCCUUCAAGCCAGGGUAUGCAGAGCAAUCCUUGAUGAAGAAUGCCAUCAAGACCUCAGAGGAGUCCUGGAUCGAGCAGCAGAUGCUGGAGGAUAAAAAGCGAGCGACCGACUGGGAAGCCACCAAUGAGGCCAUCGAAGAACAGGUUGCCAGAGAGUCUUAUUUGCAAUGGCUGCGCGACCAGGAAAAGCAGGCCAGACAGCCCCGCAAAGCCAGUGCUACUUGCAGCUCCGCCACGGCAGCCGCAGCGAGCGGUUUGGAAGAAUGGAGUGGUCGUUCCCCACGCCAGCGCAGCUCAGCUUCUUCCCCAGAACACCCCGACCUGCACAAUGAGCUGAAUGCUGCCAAACCCCCUUCUCCUGGGAGCACUGCAGCCCUAGCACUUACCAAACCCCCCUCGCCCUGUGCUCCAGGUGAGUGUUCUGUGGAUUGGGACGGAAUGCUGUGUCUGAGCGACUGGGACGACGAUGAGAUCCUGGCCUCGGUGCUGGCCGUUUCGCAACAGGAGUACUUGGAAAGCAUGAAGAAAGGCGCCCUGCACAGAGACAGUGGUUCCGACAAGAGUUGAUACCUGGCUCCAGCUCUUGCGUUCGCCUGACACCCCUUCGGUGCAUGUUUUGGCAGGAAGGAUGAUAACACUUGGAAACCCCCUCUCCCCUCCUCCACUGCUGCUGAUCAAGGCUCUUCCGCUGCCCCCCUUUGCUCCACCCACCCCCCACUUUUGGCUCUCCGCAGAAGACUCUCCCCUCUGGUGCGCUGAGAAACAGACAGGUGCAAGAGAGCGACGGGAAUCUCUUCCACAAGGAGCUGAAACACUCACAAACGGGGGCAUGCUGGGCUUUCCCCUUCAUCCGCCGUUUUUCAUUAUUAAAAGAAAUGAUUGAACUGGUCCUCAAGAGAGCCCUCCCCCCCCCCUUUGGAUCGGAGGGCUAGAGUCUGCCUGCGGGGGGUUGAGGGGAGGGGACGGGAGGAGAACGGACGUUGGCUUUAGGGGUGUGGAGAGAGAGCAUAGCUGCCUCAACAGAAGGAAAAUGCCACUGUGGGGCCUGCUGGUUUCCCCGACCCUGGAGGCAGUGGGGGAAUCAUGUGUAAUUUGGGGGCAAGGAGAAGAGGUGUUUGAUAGGACGUCACUUGUCUUCUGCUCUUUCAGCCACAUUCCCUGCCCUAAAGGAAAGGUUUCCAGCAAAACAGGCCCUAAAUCUGCAGCCAUUGAAAUCAUUCUGCCUUCCUCCAAAGAGAAGUCCCCUCCCCCCUCCUCCUUGUCUGUAAGAUGCUGUCC